CUACCCUGCAUCCGUAUCGCUGUCUGCCGCGACUGCACGCCCGCGUUUUCCUAGUCGACGGCCAGGCGCGCGCAGAGCGGGUGCGGCCAAGGCGCCCCAGGGCUGCUCGACACUCGACGUAGCAUGCCCGGCAUCCUCAUGAUGAACCACACCGCGUCCCACGCAGCCACGGCUUCACGAGAUGGCGCCACCAUGAAGCGCUCCCACGACGGCAACUUUACCAAUGGCGACCCCGGUGAUGCGCCGAGAGGCUCGCCCGCAGGAGGCUCCAUGGCCCAUCGAGCACCCCCCAAGGACGCCCCUCUCCACGCCGCCUCCGCUUCAAGCACCUCGCUCGAGCACUACUCGGAGCUCCCGCCCGAGAUUGCACACAUUGGCCCCGAGCAGUACAACGCCCUGUCGACGCUGUUGCUGCGCAUAUCCCAGGAGUCCUACAACGACCUGAGCGCCAUACUGCAGAAAAUGGCUGCCCUGCCAAUUGCGCCCGUGGCCAACGGCGCCCUGCCCAACGGGCUCGGUGCAGCCAACAUGCAGGGAAACGCCGAGGCGAACAAGCGGAAAAAGCUGCUCCUUCUCCAGUUUGCCCAGGAGCAGCGCUCCAAGUUCAUCAAGCUGCUGGUCCUUGCCGAAUGGGGAAAGAAAGCGGCCUUUGACAUUUCCAAGCUUAUCGAUUUGUUUUCAUGGGCCGGCGCACAGGCCCGCCAUAUGGACGCCGCCGAUGACCAACUCGACAGGAUCAAGCUGCUCUCCAACAUUGCCAGAGAGAACAACCCAGACAUUGCCACGGCCCUCCAGGUGCUGUCCACCGGCAAGGCAUCGUGGAUGCCGAGCCUGGGCUACAUUCCGCCCGCGCCCAUCUCCUCCGAGCAAGCUCUCAAGCUUCUGCGAUACAUGAACACCUCUCUCUCGAUCCGUUUGAACGUGCACGAAAACCUGCCGCGACACCUCCGCAACUGGCGCAUACAUUCUGGCCGUGUCACGUUUGUCAUUGACAACGAACUGGAAUUUGAUGUCAUGUCUUUUGUUGAAGAUGCUUCAGAGCAGUGGUUCCUCAUUGACUUGCGAUUGCUGUUCACCCCAGCGCCCACCGUCACCAUUGGAAGCCGUUUCUUCAUGCAGCUCAAACAGCAGGCUGAUUUUGUGCUAAAGGACAAGGGCUUGAGCGGUCUUUAUGACUUCUUGAACAACUUCAUCCUGACGCACAAAAUCUCGGUUCUUCGCUCGCAGGCCGCUGCGCUUGUUCGCUCCGGAUGGGCAGGUUCCCUCAAGGUCGAGCCAGUACACCGCCUGCUCGUUGUGCAGUACUGGAUCAACAAGCCCGGAAAGAAGAACUGGAUCGAGAUUGGCAUCUCCACCAACAAGCCCAAAAACGCAAAGAUAUCGUGGAGAGGGCCUCCGAGACCCUCGCUGACCACACGAUGGUUCCGCCAAGGAAAGGAGGUCAAAGACGCCAACUUUGCAUUUGACUGGACAAACCUUUCCAUGGAAAAAGUCAUCAAGCUUGUCAUUGCGCGCCAUACGAGCGACAUUCUACAGGCCACAAAGGAGAGCUUCAGGUCUGGACUUGCUGCAGAGGCCGACUUGUCCGAGGCUGAGCCCGCGGAUUGCAAGCUCAACGCAAGUCUGGGCACCAAAUCCACUUUGAUUACCUUGUCACUAGAGCCAGUCACCGGCAACCACAUCGUGCGGCCAGCAAGUGCUUUGUCAGCACGAGCCGAAAACGCCUUCAACAUGGGUAGGGAACCAACACAGAUGGCACAUGUAAUGACGCAAGUACUGGCCGGUACACUGCUUAGCUUGAUUCAAAGAAACGCCCAGCAACUUGGGUGGCAACCGGUGGCAAGACAGGCACUGAAUCCGCAGAUAGUCAAGGCUGCUGUCAAGCUGGACGUCAUCUCGUCCGCUCUAUACUGGCCGCGCGGGUGGUCGCAAAGUUGGGCUUUCGCAGCCGUCAUAGACUCUUCGGGAGAGUCGUGGUGGAUCCUCGAAAUCGGCCCUAGUGGAAACAGCAUCGAAUACGCUGAGCAAAUCAGGAUGGACAGGCCCGAUGGGAGCACCUUGCCCAUCAACAGGAACACUCUGGCAAGUCUGGAAAGAGUUGCUCUGCAAUUACUAUGCUUCCGUGUCACGGCGCGUCAACUCGAAAAGGAGAAGAAGAUGUACGCCCUCGAGGAAGAGCUGGGACAAACGAGUGCUUCCUCAGGAGCACGACGCAUCGCUCGCCGAUGGGUCCUACGGGUGCAAACUGCCGACCUUCUCACCACGAGAUCAAAACAUGGCUCCUGGCUCGAAUCGGAGAUCAAAAUCACUUGCGAGGGUUUGCGAGCUAGCGGCCAAAACGUAUGGCACAUGGCGACGGGAAGGAUGGUCAAGUCUGUCGCUGCAGACAUGCACAAGCUUAUGGCGGCUUCACCACAGAAUGCUUUCAAGUUUGCGGAUGACGGCAACUUUAGGAUCCUUCUUUCUACGCCCUUUGGUCAUGACAUACUCGGGGAGCUGC